GAACACACACGAAGAAAAUAACAUUUGACUUUUCUGUUAAAUCCGUCGUUUACCAUAUAAUUUUGGCAUGUAAGUGGAGCCAAAACAAAGAUUCUUAUCUCAAUCUUCUUCCUCACAAACACAGCAAGAAAGAUUGAAACCAUUGGCUGAUUGUGAAAGUUGAGUUGAUUUGGAGUUUAAAGCAAUAUGAGUUCUGUGGGAACCUUGGGAGUCUUUCUUUCAAGCUCUCUGUGUCUCUUCAUCCUCUGGAGUCUCCUCAAAUUCCUUCACAAGGUAUGGUGGACUCCAAUUCGCAUACAACGCGCGUUGCGGUCACAGGGAAUCAAUGGCCCUCCUUACAGAUUCCUCCAUGGAAACACAAAAGAAAUCUUCAGAAUGAGGAAGGAAUCCAACAGCAAACCCAUGGAAAUAUCAUCCCACAACAUAUUUCCUAGAAUUCUACCUGAAAUGUACUCAUGGAUCAGCAUAUAUGGGAAGAAUUGUGUUAAUUGGUAUGGUCCAAAACCUCGAUUAAUCGUUACAGAAUCAGAAUUGGUUAAAGAAGUACUGAACAAUAGAGAAAAAGCUUAUGGAAAGAUGGAUGCUGAAGGGUUUGUGAAGAAGCUAUUCGGAGAUGGUCUUGUGUUUUCGGAAGGCGAAAAAUGGGUGAAAGUGCGAAAACUGGCUAAUCAUGCUUUCAAUGCAGAGAGGUUGAAAAAUAUGAUUCCGGAUAUGAUUGCAAGUACGGAAAUGAUGGUAGGAAGGUGGAAACAGUAUGAAGGAAAAGAGGUGGAUGUGUCUGAAGAGUUCAGGAUGUUAACAUCGGAAGUGAUUUCUAGAACAGCUUUUGGGAGCAGCUAUUUAGAAGGGAAGGACAUUUUCGAGAUGGUGUUGAGGUUGUCCGUCUUGAGUAACGGAAAAGUUUUGAAAAUCAGGCUUCCUGGUCUCAGUAAAAUUUUUAAAACAGCUGCUGAUAUAGAAUCAGAUAAACUUGUACAAGGAAUACGAGAUUCCAUUAUAAGGAUUAUAAAGAAACGAGAGGAGGUGAUGACCGGAGAAGUAGACAGAUUCGGGACUGAUUAUCUUGGAUUACUUGUGAAGGCUUAUCAUGAUUCUGAUGAGAAGAACAGGAUUACAGUAGAUGAUGUAGUUGAUGAAUGCAAGACAUUUUACAUUGCUGGACAGGAAACUACAGCGACGUUGCUUGGAUGGACAGUUUUUCUUCUAGCAAUUCACACAGAUUGGCAAGAGAAAGCGAGGCAGGAGGUGGUAGAGUUAUUUGGCCAACAAAAUCCGAAUUCAGAAGGCAUUGGAAGGCUGAAAAUAAUGAACAUGAUCAUCAACGAAUCUCUAAGACUAUAUCCUCCAGCCCCUGCAACUGUGAGAAAAGCUGAACACGAAGUCAGAUUGGGGAAGUACAUUGUUCCGGCCAAUACAAUUAUUCAAAUCCCGCCAUUGGCUUUUCAUCACGACCCUCAAAUAUGGGGAGAAGAUGUGCUGCUUUUCAAACCGGAGAGAUUCUCUGAAGGGGUUGCUAAAGCUGCCAAUAACAACCCGACAGCGUUUAUUCCCUUUGGCUUGGGACCUCGGAUUUGUGUAGGAAUGAACUUUGCAAUCAAUGAAGCGAAGAUUGUUCUGUCAAUGAUUCUGCAGCGCUAUAGCUUCACCCUCUCCCCUACUUACAUUCACUCCCCAUAUACAAUGGUGACAGUACGCCCAAAACACGGAGUUCAGGUAAUAAUCCACCCUCUGUAGUGUGCUGCACCAGAAAUGUUAGUGAAAUGUGGAACAUGGAUGAAUUAGCCAACAGACAUUGAUACAAGAAUUUCGAUGCAUUAUGAGAAGCUAAAGGUUGUUGACACACGGAGAAAUCAUUCAUUCACAAGUAUGUAAUGAAAAAUGUGUUAUUUAUACAUAUAAUGUUACAGGGUAAUAAUGUAAGGUUGCUUAGGGUGACUGCAAGAACGAUAAAUGGCCUGAAGAUAUCAUUUUAUGAAAAUAAAAUUUUGUUUCCGUAAUAA